AUGAGUUCGCCCGUGCUCCCCAGUACCAACGAGAGUCCCCCAAGCGGACUAAAGCCCACCGAACGCCCAGCAGGAGAAGCGGAAGCUCAGGGCAACACAUUCACUAGCGCUCCGAUUGUUGCGGAUACAUUUACCGACGAAGACAGUGAAUUUGCACGCGAAGGGUCCGAUCUUACUUCUUUAUCAUCAAGCAUCUUGGAAUACGAAUAUGAAAAUGGGAGGCGUUAUCACAGUAACAGAAUUAGUAACUACAUUAUGCCAAACGAUGAAGAAGAACAAGAUCGAAUGGACCUGACACACCACAUUUGGCUUUUAUUAAUGAGAGGUGAACUUCAUAAAGCCCCAAUAAACAAUCCACAGAAAGUCUUGGAUCUUGGCACUGGUACUGGAAUCUGGGCUCUUGACCUGGCAGAAAAAUAUCCAAUGGCUAGCAUUAUCGGCAACGAUAUUAGUGCCAUUCAGCCAAAUUGGGUGUCUCCGAAUGUGGAAUUCGUGGUUGAAGACUUCGAAUCGGAAUGGAUUUACGAGCCAGCAAGUUUUGACUUCAUCCAUGCACGGUUACUCGCAGGCUGCGUUUCGGAUUGGCCUCAACUAUUCAAACGUUGCUAUGACCAUUUAAAGCCAGGCGCCUAUUUUGAAAUCCAAGAAAGUGCAGUAUGGGCAUGGAGUGAUGACGGCACAUGUCCUCCCGACUCACCGAUUUUUGAAUUGCUACGAGCAAUGGAUAUGGCCUCGAAUGCAAUUGGAAAGCCAUACAAUGUCUACCCAUAUUUAAGGCAGUGGCUUAUCGAGGCCGGCUUUGAGGACGUCAAUCAAUUUGUCUAUUUUCUUCCUUACUCCCCAUGGCCGAAAGAUCCAUAUCUCAAGGAGUUGGGGAAGUUUCAGGCCGCAAUGGUGCAGCAUGCUAUCGAGGCAUAUUCUCUCAGGCUGUUUACACAAGUACUAGGCUGGGGUGAAGAUGUGUCUAAAAUAUUCCAGGCUUCAGUCAAGAAACAACUUCGAGAUAAGCAUAUGCAUGCUUAUGUCAAGGAGUGA